GUCGUCGAGACUCUCCGCCUCGCCGAUGGCUCCCUGUUUGCCAUGCCUAUCACGCUGGACGUGAACGAGAAGGAGAUCGAGGAGCUCGGUAUCAAGCCUGGUGCCAGGAUUGCUCUCCGUGACCUCCGUGACGACCGUACCCUCGCCAUCCUCACUGUCGAGGAUGUCUACAAGCCCGACAGGGUCAACGAGGCUAUCAAGGUCUUCGGCAGUGACGACGAUACCCACCCCGGCGUCAAGCACCUCUUCAGCAGCACAAAGGACUACUACGUCGGUGGUAAGCUCGAGGCCGCCCAGCGCCCUGCUCACUACGACUUCCUUGAGCUCCGCUUUACCCCCUCUGAGCUGCGCUCGCACUUCAACAAGCUCGGCUGGGAAAAGGUCGUCGCUUUCCAGACCCGUAACCCUAUGCACCGUGCUCACCGUGAGUUGACGGUCCGCGCCGCCCGCUCCCAGCAGGCCAACGUCCUCAUCCACCCCGUCGUCGGCUUGACCAAGCCCGGUGACAUUGACCACUUCACCCGCGUCCGCGUCUACAAGGCCAUCCUGGCCCGCUACCCCAACGGCAUGGGCGCUCUAGCCCUCCUGCCCCUUGCCAUGCGCAUGGGUGGACCCCGCGAGGCCCUCUGGCAUGCCGUGAUCCGUAAGAACCACGGUGCCACCCACUUCAUCGUCGGCCGCGACCACGCUGGCCCCGGCAAGAACAAGAACGGCAAGGACCACUACGGUCCUUACGACGCCCAGCACCUCGUCCAAGAGCACCAGGCGGAGCUCGGAAUCAAGAUGGUCGAGUUCCAGGAGAUGAUCUACCUCCCCGACCGCGACGAGUACAUGCCCGCCAACCAGAUCCCCGAGGGCACCAGGACUCUCAACAUCUCGGGUACCGAGCUCCGCAACCGGCUCAAGACCGGGAAGGAGAUCCCUGCCUGGUUCUCGUACCCCGAGGUCGUCCAGGUGCUGCGCGAGCAGAACCCCCUUCCCCGCGACAAGGGUUUCACCGUCUUCUUGACGGGCUACCAGAACUGCGGCAAGGACCAGAUUGCCCGCGCCCUCCAGGUUACCUUCAACCAGGACGGUGGCCGCCCCGUGUCCAUGCUGCUGGGCGAGACGGUCCGCCAUGAGCUGUCGCAGGAGCUCGGCUUCACCCGCCACGACCGCGACCUCAACAUCUCUCGCAUUGCGUUUGUCGCCUCUGAGCUGACCAAGGCCGGCGCUGCCGUCAUCGCUGCCCCCAUCGCUCCCUUCGAGGAGGCUCGUCGGCAGGCCCGCGAGGCCAUCGAGAAGUCUGGACCGUUCUUCCUGGUUCAUGUCGCCACUCCCCUCGAGUACUGCGAGAAGACUGACCGCCGCGGUCUGUACGCCGCCGCCCGCCGUGGCGAGAUCAAGGGUUUCACCGGUGUCGACGACCCCUACGAAGCCCCCGCCAAGGCUGACCUGGUUGUCAACCUGGAGAAGCAGAGCGUGCGCACCAUUGUGCAUGAGAUUAUCCUGAUGCUCGAGAGUCGCGGUCUCCUCGACCGCGUAUAA